UAUGAUCUUUCUAUAUAAGAGGACGUACUGCGUAACUCGGACAGUUUUAGCUCGGUGUCUAAAGAAGUAAACGGGUUAACAAAUUAUCGCCUUAGAGCAAAUAUGGUAACAAAGUAUAUUGCUUUUAUUGGACUGGUGGCUUUAGUUCACGGAAUCGAGGCUGGGCGGCCAAGAAAUGUGUUCCCCGCGCAUGCGCAGUGCCAGCCCGAAAACUCGAACUGCGCACGCGUGUUCACGGGUUGUAACGCACACGGGGGACACUGCUGGUGCGACCGCGCCUUCUGUUGCAGAAACCCCUUCAAGUAUGAGAACUUGGCAAGCUGUCUCCUGCAUAAUAAACCUAGUGCUGACCCUUGCAAGCCGAACCCUUGUAAACAUGACGGUUACUGCGUGCAAGUAGGACAGACAGGCUUCCGGUGUUUGUGCCAACAAACUGGUUACUACGGUCAACAUUGCCAUGAAAGGUGCCCAUCCAGUGAGGAAGUAUCCAAAGUGUUCAAGACCAUGUGGAAAUCCAACAACCGAAAGCUGAUGCGAAAGCUGCUCCCUUGCGUCUUGUUCUAAAAGUGCCCUCAGUGUUACUUUGUACAUUUAUUGAAAAGUAGAAACAAGUUAUAUAUUAUUCACCAUAUUUUUAUCCACACGCAAAAAAGGGAAAAAAAACUACAAAAAAGUAUAAUCAGGGAAAGUAUAAAAGAAUAAAAUUCAAAAUCAUACAACAACAAAAAAUAAAAUCAUUAUAAUGAAAUAACAUUUUUAAUCAUGAAAACUUGUUUUUGUUGGAUUUGAUUGUUUACUGUAAUGCUCAACAAAUGCACCACUUGAACGUUGUAAAUUAAGCAUGCAUUGGUACGCUCCCAUUACAACACGGGCCUAUUUAUUAUUCCUUCAACUUCUUUAUCCAUAUAAGGUCAAGUUUUGUUCUCAGUCCAUUCAGAUUUUUUGCCCAAUAGAAAUAAGCGCCCACUCUACAAUAAGCGCCCCCCUAAAGACCAGAAAAAUGAAUUUAAAGCACCCCGGGGGCUUAUUGGACUCCUUACGGUAUACAAUUAUCAGUAAUGUGUGUAACUACUAAAAGAAAAAAUAAUAAACUAAACUUAACCAUUGGGGACUCCUUAAAAAGAGGGGAUAUCCCAAAAUUUCAACAGGAUUUGCUGCAAGGAAAAGAGUGAACAGGACACACACAACUAAACAAACAAAAUGGAUGUUUUUUAUGUCAACAAUACACAAGCUUCAGUAUAAUCAUGAGAAAUAGAAGUAUACCACUUGCAUCAUUCUUUACUGCUCUAGAUCAGACCUUGACUGGCAUGGACUGAAUAUUCAAGCUAUAGGAUAUAGCUAUGAAGGCUUAGCACUGUAUGUGUACAUAGUGUUGUUGUGAAAAAUAUAAAGAUAGUAAGAGUGACCAGCAUGCAA